AUGCAUGGAUACUUCUUAGAGCCUUUGUUCAUGCUGGCAUUGUUUUGUAAAACUCCACUAAAUAUCACACUCAAGGGCAUCACCAAUAACAAGCUGGACCCAUCAGUUGACAUGAUCCGCUCAUCUUUGAUGCCAGUAAUGAAGAAGAUCUUGGUGGUAGAUGAUGGUCUGAGUUUAAAGAUGCUUCGAAGAGGUCUUCCACCUGGUGGAGGAGGAGUGGUGGUCUUCACCUGCCCUGUCAGAAGGACUCUGAAAUCAUUCCAGUGGGAAGAGAAUGGAAAGGUCAAGCGUAUCAGAGGCAUAUCAUACACUAGUCGAGUGGCUCCAACUGUCGCUAACCGCAUGCUUGAUGCAGCUAAGGGGGAAUUUCUAAAGUUCCUCACUGAUGUAUAUCUGACCUUAGACAGUGCAAAGGGCAGUUCACCAGGUUUUGGCUUGUGUGCAGUAGCAGAAACAAACAUGGGAUCAUUUUUAUGUGCUGAAGCCAUGUCUAAUGCUCCUGAAGAAGAUUCUGCAACAAAGCUUCCUGAGGAUGUUGGCAGAGAGGCAGCUUGGAGGCUGCUGGAAGAAAUUUACCGUGGUGGCUGUGUGGAUACUAUCUGUCAACCUUUUGUGCUCCUUUGUAUGGCAUUAACACCUAAAGAUGUGUCCAAAAUUGUUUUAGGACCUCUUGCUCCAUAUACGAUGCAUUUCCUUCGACACCUACGAGACUUCUUUCAAGUGACAUUUAAAAUUGAUGAAUACAAAGAGAAAUUCACUUCUGAUGAAAUGCCAGAAUCAAAAACAGGAGCUGAUAAGUUAUUGCUUACAUGUGUAGGGGUUGGUUAUACAAAUAUCAGCAAGGGACAAACUUAGUGUAGGAAAUUUAUGCACUAUUUUAAAUCAUUUUGCUGUUGUUAAAAUUACCACAGAACUAAUUCGGUUAUGUUUCUCGUAACUGUUUGUAAAUCUUUCACAGAAAUAUUUUGUAUUAAAUUAAGUCAUAACCAAA